GCCGGGCCAACUGCAGCGUGUAGUGUGAGUGGGGCAGGACGCGAGCCGCCCGCCCGCCGGCGACCCGCAAGGAGUUGGCAUCCAUUGGAAGAGUCUGUGAAACCCCCUUUCUGCCCAGAGCUCCAGGACCAAUGCAUCUUCCCACCACCUUAAACCACUGAGCAUUUCAGAGCCCCAGUUGCAGAAGCCUUGUCCUGCCACCACCAUGAGCUCUGAAUGUGAUGGUACUUCUAAAGCUGUUGUGAAUGGCUUGGCACCUGGCAGCAAUGGGCAAGACAAAGCAACUGCCGACCCUUUACGCACACGCUCUAUUUCUGCUGUUAAAAUAAUUCCUGUGAAGACAGUGAAAAACGCUUCAGGCCUAGUGCUCCCUCCAGACAUGGAUCCUACAAAAAUCUGCACUGGGAAGGGAGCAGUGACUCUCCGGGCCUCAUCAUCCUACAGGGAAAUCCCAAGCAGUAGCCCUGUGAGCCCUCAGGAAACCCCACAACAUGAAAUUAAGCCAGGUCUGGAGCCAGAGAAUUCUUCAGCAGAUGAGUGGAGGCUCUCUUCCAAUGCCGAUGCCAAUGGGAACGCCCAGCCCUCUUCACUUGCUGCCAAGGGCUACAGAAGUGUGCACCCCAGCCUUCCUGCUGACAAGCCCCAGGAUGCCACUUCCUCCAGCCCAGCCCAGCCCGAGGUAAUAGUUGUCCCUCUCUACCUGGUUAAUACUGACAGAGGGCAAGAAGGCACUGCCAGACCUCCAGCGUCCCUGGGGCCGCUUGGCUGCGCCCCGGCUGCCUCGGCGACCGCUGCCCCGGCCACCGCCCCUGCCGUGUCACCUCUGACCUUCCCGACUCUAGAUGAUUUCAUCCCCCCUCAUCUGCAGAGGCGGCCCCAGCACAGCCAGCCAGCCAGCGCUCGCGGCCCCCUCCCCCCUGUUAGCCAGACACCACCAUCCUUGUCACCACCACCUCCGCUGGUCCCUCCCGCUCCGGAGGACCUCCGCAGAGCCUCGGAGCCCAACCUCCCGGGAGCCGCCUCCAGUACCGGUUCCAGUCCUCUACUAAAUGAAGUUGCUUCUUCCAAUACUGGAGCUGAUUCCCAAGCCUCUACACCAGCCAGCAAGCCAUCAUCCGCCUACCCCUCGACAACCAUCGUCAACCCCACCAUUGUACUCUUGCAGCACAAUCGAGAACAGCAAAAACGACUCAGUAGCCUUUCAGAUCCUGUCUCAGAAAGAAGUGUGGGUGAGCAGGACUCUGCACCAGCCCAGGAAAAACCCACCUCGCCUGUCAGGGCUGCUGAAAAAAGAGCAAAGGAUGACAGUAGGCGGGUGGUGAAGAGUGCACAAGACCUAAGCAAUGUGUCCAUGGAUGAAGUGGGCAUCCCACUUCGGAAUACCGAGAGAUCAAAAGACUGGUACAAGACCAUGUUUAAGCAGAUCCACAAACUAAACAGAGACACUCCUGAAGAAAACCCUUAUUUCCCUACGUACAAAUUCCCUGAACUUCCUGAAAUCCAGCAAAAUUCUGAAGAGGACAAUCCUUACACUCCUACCUACCAGUUUCCUGCAUCUACUCCUAGUCCUAAAUCUGAAGAUGAUGAUUCCGAUUUGUACUCUCCCCGAUACUCCUUUUCUGAAGACACAAAAUCUCCCCUUUCCGUGCCUCGCUCAAAAAGUGAGAUGAACUACAUUGAUGGUGAGAAGGUAGUUAAGAGGUCAGCCACGCUACCCCUCCCUACCCGCUCUUCCUCACUAAAGUCAAGCCCAGAACGAAACGACUGGGAGCCCCCAGAUAAGAAAGUGGAUACGAGGAAAUAUCGUGCAGAGCCCAAAAGCAUUUACGAAUAUCAGCCGGGCAAGUCUUCUGUUCUGACCAACGAAAAGAUGAGUCGGGAUAUAAGCCCAGAAGAGAUAGAUUUAAAGAAUGAGCCUUGGUAUAAAUUCUUUUCGGAGUUGGAGUUUGGGAAACCGCCUCCCAAAAAGAUAUGGGAUUAUACUCCUGGAGACUGCUCUAUCCUUCCUAGAGAGGAUAGAAAGACUAAUCUAGAAAAAGAUCUCAACCUCUGCCAAACAGAGUUAGAGGCAGAUUUAGAAAAAAUGGAGACGAUAAAUAGAACACCCAGUGCAGACCUGCCACAGAGCUCAGCAGUCAGCCCCUCUCUGGACAUCUCCCCAGAGCCUCCUGGAUAUAUAUAUUCUUCCAACUUCCACGCAGUGAAGAGGGAAUCAGAUGGGGCUCCUGGGGACCUUACUAGCUUGGAGAAUGAGAGGCAGAUUUAUAAAAGUGUCUUGGAAGGUGGCGACAUCCCUCUUCAGGGCCUGAGUGGGCUCAAGAGACCCUCCAGCUCAGCUUCCACUAAAGAUUCUGAAUCACCGAGACAUUUUAUACCAGCUGAUUACUUGGAAUCUACAGAAGAAUUUAUUCGAAGGCGUCAUGAUGAUAAAGAGAAACUUUUAGCGGACCAGAGACGACUUAAGCGCGAGCAAGAAGAGGCCGAUAUUGCAGCUCGACGCCACACGGGCGUCAUCCCGACGCACCAUCAGUUUAUCACUAAUGAGCGCUUUGGGGACCUCCUCAAUAUAGACGAUACUGCAAAAAGGAAAUCUGGGUCAGAGAUGAGACCUGCCAGAGCCAAAUUUGACUUUAAAGCGCAGACACUAAAGGAGCUUCCUCUGCAGAAGGGAGACAUUGUUUACAUUUAUAAGCAGAUUGACCAGAACUGGUACGAAGGUGAACACCACGGCCGGGUGGGAAUCUUCCCACGCACCUACAUUGAGCUUCUUCCUCCUGCUGAGAAGGCUCAGCCCAAAAAGUUGACGCCUGUGCAGGUUCUGGAAUAUGGAGAAGCUAUUGCCAAGUUUAACUUCAAUGGUGAUACACAAGUAGAAAUGUCCUUCAGAAAGGGUGAGAGGAUCACACUGCUUCGACAAGUGGAUGAGAACUGGUAUGAAGGGAGGAUUCCAGGGACAUCCCGACAAGGCAUCUUUCCCAUUACCUACGUGGAUGUGAUCAAACGGCCGCUGGUGAAAAACCCUGUGGAUUACAUCGACCUGCCUUACUCCUCCUCCCCAAGUCGCAGUGCCACUGCGAGCCCACAGUAUCCCAGUCACAGCAAGCUCAUCAUGCCAGCCCCCUCAUCUCUGCCCCACACCCGCCGGGCCCUAUCCCCUGAGAUGCACGCCAUCACCUCUGAGUGGAUCUCGCUGACUGUAGGGGUCCCGAGCAGGCGGUCUCUGGCCCUGACCCCACCCUUGCCUCCUCUGCCAGAGGCUUCUAUCUAUGACACAGACCACCUCGCCUUGUCGGUGAGGGCCCGUCCCUCCCUGCCUCUCAGCCUCCCUCAGUCAAGUUGGCUGGAUCGCUCCACUCCACACUCAGUGGGCCCCCCUCUGGCCCUGCCUCCUCCCAACAAAGCCUACUCGCUGGUCGCCAGUGCCCAGGCCCCCCUUCACAUCAAUGGAGAUGGUGGUAUCUACAUGUCACCAUCAGGCAUCCGCCAAGAUAGCUUCUCCCAGCCACUGCUUGGGGGCUCUGAUAGGGUCAUCUCGGAGCUUAGCGGUGCCUUUAGCAGCCAGAGCAAGAGGCAGCCCUGGAGAGAAGAGAACGGACAAUAUGAAAGGAGAGCAGAGAGCCAGGCAGGUGAGAGAUGCCCUGGUGGACCCAAGAUCUCUAAGAAGAGCUGCUUGAAACCUUCAGAUGUGGUCAGGUGCCUGAGUACUGAACAGAGACUCUCAGAUCUCAACACCCCUGAGGAGAGCCGGCCCAGCAAGCCUCUGGGUAGCACUUUUCCAGGAAGGGAGGCUGGGCAGACAGAGCUGCGUAGAGGUGGCGAGGCUGAGAGGAAAGCUGCUCAGAGUGGUCUGAGCCAGCAACCUCAAGCCCAGCAGCGAAGAGUCACCCCAGACAGGAGUCAAACCUCACCAGAUUUAUUUAGCUACCAAGCAUUAUAUAGCUAUGUACCACAGAAUGAUGAUGAGUUGGAACUCCGGGAUGGAGAUAUUGUUGAUGUCAUGGAGAAAUGUGAUGAUGGGUGGUUUGUUGGUACUUCAAGAAGGACAAGGCAGUUUGGUACUUUCCCAGGCAACUAUGUAAAACCUUUAUAUCUAUAAGAAGACUGAAAACCACAGAGAUUAUUUUUAUUGGAGGAUGAAGCAUAAUUCAUGAACCAGUCUCUUUAUUUAAAUGUCAAAUCACUAUGAAAAUCAAUGCAGUGGAUAAAGUAAGAAGUAAAAGACAGGAACAGAGAAAUGUUGUGUUUAAAACCCAAACCUGUCUAAACUUAUUAUAUAUAUUAGGGCUGAACUGUGUGCUAAACAGAAAGAAUUGAGGCAACUCUACAUUCACUUAGCUGCUUCUGGAAGCUGCUCCAGCCUUCAAACUCCCCUCUGCCUCUAGGAUAAUCUGACCUGGAACACAGUCCAGGAGCAGAGUUAGCCACAGAUGCUUCCUGCUGCCCCAACCUUAAAUUCCAUCUUGAAGGGGUUCUUGAGCCUAAAGCAAAUGUUGGGGCCUCAGGCAAAUAGGUUUCCAGCCAGGUUCCAAAGGUUCCAAGCCUGAGCAUCCACUGACUACCCCAGCUUCCAUCCCUGGCUGCCCUGGGGCCAGCUGAGCCCCAGUGCUCUAGAGGUCAGUCUGGGCUGCUGAGCUGUCUCUUGACAAUGGUGGUGGCCCCCAAUUGGCCCCAAACCAAAUCCUCCCUGGACCUGCAGAGGUACAGUUGAGGAAAUGGAGGCAAAACAGGUACCUUGUGCCAUCAGCCUGCUGUGCAACUUUGCCAUCAACUGCCCUUCUUCCAGAUGAAAAAGCUCAUGAGGUUUGUCCUGAGAAUUGGGGAGCAGAUGGCCAAGCAGAUAGAUUACAUUUGUAUUUCUAAGUGAUUAAGUUGAGAAGCCCUGCAGCCCCUGGGGUCAUUUGCAGUGUGUUCUUUUCCCAUAUCAGUGGCUGUUAUAAACAUUCAUCACUAGGCAUCUGCAGCUGCAGCUGUAUUUAUCAGAGCACCAUUGCUAACCUUUCUGGCUUGUAUUUGGCUGGGACAGUUUGGGAUUGGUAGGCUUAAUCCAAAGUGGGAUGUAAUGAUUCAUUUAACACAUGUGACAUAUGCUGACUGCUGAAACAUACAAAAGACUGCUCAAGGCCUAGAAGGCCAGUUUUAUCUCCUGGUACAAGUUCAAAGACCACUCAUAGCGUAGUCACCCAUAGUUUGGAAUCCUCAUGCACCCAGUGAGGCUUCUGUUCUCGAUAAAGGCGUAGGUGCAGUAGCCUUAGUGUGAAGCAGUGAUUCUGUCACUACUCAGUCAGGAGCUCUGUCCUUUGAGGGUACUGGAUCUGAGGAGGAAGCCCUCCUCCAAAUGUCCUGACAAGGACAUUUGUUUAGGGGUACUUAGUUGCAACUCUGUCCAUGUUGUAUUAAGGGAAUUUUUCAGCUUCUGUGUUAGAUCUCUUAGUGACACAAAGAUAGAGGUGCCCCAUUCCUUGCCCACCAGGAACUCAGAAGCAAUUGGGGAGAUAGAUACAGAGAAAGGAACUUAAGAGAGACUGUGAUAUGUGCUAAGAAGGGUGCGAGAGGUAGAGCUGUAUUUCUCCUGGAGGGAUGCUAGAAAGCAUUGUCAUAUUUCUGUCUCCAUUAGCUCACCGUUGAACAGCUAGGAUGCUAGGAGAACCUUUGUCUGAUGGUAGCUUAUGGCUAGAAAUACUUGGGAACUUUUUCCAGAGUCUCCAAACUUUCAUAGUCCCCAAAAAUACAUUUCCGAGGUCACAAAUAGGAGUAGCAAGUCUAAGUGGCAAGGGUGUGUACUAGAAUGCCUGGUUCUCUGCAUCUAUCUCAGAAAUACACCAAGACUAUUGUCCCCAAGUCUGGAGUCUUUAAAAAAAAAAAAAAGUAGGCAAAAUUUGUCUUUAGUAUCUCUUCCCCAGUUGCUCUCCCAGAUACCCUUCUUAGAAUCCCACCAGCCUCCUAGGGCCCACGAGUCAGCCACAGUACCCUCACUUUCUCCCUGUCCUCUAAAGGAGGCUUGCAGGAAAGAAACCACCACUGCUUCAUUCACACUAAAGUGUAAAUGACUGAUGAGAAGAGGGUGUUACCUCUUUCCAGAGACAUUUGUUUUUAACUAGGACAGAGCAAAGCCUUUACCCCAAGGGAAAAGGUUGUGGAACUGUAGGGGAGGGGGGUUUCUGGGUAGAAAGCGUUCUGGAUUUUCUUUAGGACCCAGUGAGAGUAAAACCUAUUGUUUGUGGAAGGUCUGCUUCACCAGGGAGGGCACUAUUUUUUGCCUCUCUCUGGGGGCUACUGUAAGGAUACAAAAGCACGGUGCGGUGCGCUUGCGCACUGCAUUUCACCCACUUUGGAAUGUAAUCCCCGUACUGGCUCAUGCGCCUCCUGUUCUUCCUUAGAUGCAAACCGUUAACAACACAAUCUUAUUAAGAGUUUUUUGAGGGGUGCUUCUUGAUUAAGUAGGUAAUUUUGAACACCUCUUUAAAUACAGCUAGAAAAUAAAACCAAUUUGUAAAGCUACAUUUGCAUAUGAUGCCAGCCUCACACAUUUGUAUAUCUCCAGAAAUUCCUCAAUGCCUCACUACUGUGCCCGACUUUAAUAAAAUCAUAUGUUCAAAUUCGCAUCA